AUGGCGCGCUUCUACAGCUUACCAAAGGUCCACAAGCCGGGACUGCCGCUACGCCCCAUCGUCUCCUUACGUGGUACACCAAACUUUGGGCUGUCAAAGUGGCUGUACCAGCGACUGUGUUUCCUUACCAAGGAUUCAGAGUGGACAGUGAAGUCGACUAAAGAAUUUUUGGCGCGCAUCAAACGUCUGGAAUUGGAGGCAGAUGAGGUGAUGGUGUCUUUUGACGUGAUCUCAUUGUUCACCUCCAUUCCACCCGCGCUGGCUAUCGACACUAUUGACGGUUUUCUCCGGGAAAAGUAUGAUGAGACCGAUCAACAGCUCAAACGAGUUCACAUCAUCGAGCUCCUAGAACUAUGUCUUAAGACGUUCUUUACAUUCAACGGCCAGGUCUACGAGCAAAAGAAGGGGACACCGAUGGACUCGCCUCUAUCUGGAUUAAUUGCCGAAGCAGUUUUGCAGAGGCUUGAGCGGCUGGUCUUCAGCUCGUACCCCUCCAAAAUUCUGGGCCAGAUACGUUGA